CCCACUACAGAGAAAAACAAAAGCCCUCUCUCUCUAUCUCCGUAUGUCUCCUCUUUUAUCUCUAGAGUACUGUCUCUCUCUCUCUAAAAAAAUCAUUUGCAGAAACCGCAAUCCUCACUGGCUUUCUCCUUUCUCUCGCUAACUCACCAUGUUUGAAGACUCUGUAUCCUCCUCAGUGCCUUCGAUCUGGGCCUCCAUGAACAGCUGGUUCACUCCAGCUGUUCUCUUCGUCCUUCUCAACGUCAUGAUCGGCACCAUUUUCGUCACCUCUAGCCUAGCAAACCAGAGACAACAACCACAAACCCAAGAAGACCCACAUCAACAACAACAACAACCCAGACUCGCUAGAUCACCUUCUGUUCUUCAACGUCUCAAGUCCAUCGACUUCUCCAUCUACAGAUCCAAAGAACCCAACCCAGCACCACCCUCCAUCGUCACCCACUUCAAUCUCACGCCAGAUUCGGACACCCAUUACCCUCCUCAACAUAUCCAUCAACAACAAAACCUAGAAACACUGACCCAGUUCGUUUCUCAACACACCCAUCAACAACAAACCCAAGAAACAGAGACCCAAUACGUUCCAGAACAAGUCAUUGAUGAAAUUGGGGACAAUCGAAGGACAAUCGAUGAAAUUUACAGUGAGCUCACGGAUGACCAUCGCGUUAUCAGGACGAUGUCUGACACCAUGCCGGCGUCGGGUGAGGUUCCGGCGAAGCUGCCGGCGAAGAUGAGGAAGUCGGCGAGUCUGAAGUCGGCUUUUGGACAUUUUGAAGAAGAGGACAUUGUUGAGGCUCGUCGGCCGGCGACUGUGAGAGAGGGGAAGGCUAAAGUGACGGAGGGCGACGAACAGGUUGAUGCCAAGGCCGAUGAUUUCAUAAACAGGUUUAGGCAACAGUUGAAAUUGCAGAGGCUUGAUUCCUUCAUAAGGUACAAGGACAUGAUCGGCAGAGGGAGUGGGAAGUAAGGUAUUUUGAUUUCCUGGGGCUGUUUUUAAAUUUAUUGUUAAUUUUGGGGUGUUUUCUGAGAUCCACAACUGCUCCUGUUGUUUAAUUUUGUGGUCAGAUUUGCCCUUGAUAUUUCUACUUCUGUAUUAUGGGAAUGGGUAUUUUGGUCAAUUUGCUUCUAGAUCUCUGGAUGAAGUCGGAUGGAGGGAGGUAGUGGCAGAAAAGAUGUUAUGAUCUGUUUGGUGGGGAGGCAACUUUUCAAUUUUUACUAAUUUUGGGUGGAAAUUUAUCAACUGUGUAAUGUAGAUCCAAUGCUCAUGAUGAACUUUCUGUUCAAAGAUACCCUUUUCCUAAUCUCAUUUUGGGUGGAAAUUUAUCAA